AUGGCCACCGCGGUUUUGGGAGCUGCUGCGCGUGCUCUGCGGCCGCCGUACUGGCGUCUGGGAGUUUGGCAGACACAGGUUAGAGACACACACCAGCGAGCUUCAUUGUUGUCUUUCUGGGGACUCAUUCCCAUGAGAGCAGAACCUCUGAGAAAGAAGAAGAAGAUCGAUCCUAAAAAAGACCAAGCUGUAAAGGACCGUUUGAAAAAGAGGAUCCGAAAACUAGAGAAGGCUAGCCAGGAGCUAAUUCCCAUUGAGGAUUUUAUUAUCCCCGUGAAGUUCAUGGAUAAAGGGAGGCAGCGGCCUCAGGUAGAACUCUCCUUUGAGGAGGCAGAACGGAGAGCUUUGCUCAUGAAGAAGUGGUCCCUGUACAAGCAGCGAGAGCAUGAGAUGGAGAGGGAAGCCAUCAAGUCCAUGCUCCAGGCCCAGCAGGAAGCUCUGAAGGAGCUACAGCUCACAUCCCAGGAACUCUAUGCGGAGGCCAUCAAGCGGGACUACAGUCUGUUUCCCUUUGAGAGAGAGGGGCCAGAUUACACACCACCCAUCUCCAACUACCAGCCCCCUGAAGGCCGGCACCAUGACGUCACCAAGGUGUACACACAGGUGGAGUUCAAGAGGUAG